CGCCGGGCGGGGACUCUGCAGACGUCGCCAUGGCUGGCAGUGCUCUUGGGCCUGCGCGCUCCCUGUUCGCCGCCCUUCUGGCGCCGGCGCUGGUGGCACUCCUGGUGUCGCCGGCCCGGGGCCGCGGGGGCCUGGACCACGGGGACUGGGACGUGGACCGGAGACUGCCUCCGCUGCCACCUCGCGAUGACGCGGCGCGCGUGGCCCGCUUCGUGACGCACGUCUCGGACUGGGGCUCGCUGGCCACUAUCUCCACGCUGGAGGAGGUGCGCGGCAGGUCCUUCGCGGACGUCAUCUCCCUCAGUGACGGUCCCCCGGGCGCGGGCAUCGGCGUGCCCUACAUGUACCUGAGCCCGAUGCAGCAACUAGUGAGCGACUUGCAGGAAAAUUCACAGGCUACACUGACACUGUCUUUGGCACAGACUGUCUUCUGUAGGAAACACGGAUUUGAUCCGCAGAGUCCCUUAUGUGUCCAUAUAAUGCUGUCGGGAACUGUGACCAAGGUGAACGAGAAAGAAGCGGACUAUGCCAAGAAUUCGUUAUUCCUGCGACACCCUGAGAUGAAAACGUGGCCCUCCAGCCAUAACUGGUUCUUUGCUAAGCUGAAUAUAACCAAUAUCUGGGUCUUGGACUACUUCGGUGGACCUAAAGUCGUGACACCUGAAGAAUAUUUUAAUGUCACAUUGCAGUGACGCAGGACAUGGUGACACCAGCGAGGAGUCUUGGAUGGCUCCUGCACACUUAAAGGGCUUGACUUGUCUGUACCUUCCCCGGGCUGACUCUGCCCCCUGCUGGCUGACUUGGUCGGCUUGCCUGUUUACACAAUGCUGGCGGUCCUAGACCUGAUCUCUUGUAAAGAUGAGGUUGCUGGAUUUAAAACAUGUUAUUUUGAAGCCAUUUUCAUAGAAAAAUGUCAUUCAUUAUAAUCAAGAAUUUUUUCCCAUCUA